CGUCAGGGAAGGGGGAGAAUCCACCUUUACGUUUCCCAUGACAUGCCGCGAGGAGGCGCUCGGACUACAGAUCCCGUCUGACGCUGCGCAUAAAGGUGCCGCCGCACCGGCUGCGUGGUGACCGGCGCAGGGUGAGGGUUGGCGGCCGGUGUGGGGGUGGGAGAGGCCCCUGGCAAGGCCGGCUUCUCGGCGCCUUGCUGUUACUGGCCGCCGCCCUGCGCUCUUGCUCUUUGCGCGCCCACCUGGCUGCUGCCGGCCUCCCUCCCUCAGGUGAGCGGGGUGGUGGGAGGAAACACGGCCCGGGGCCGGCAGUUGCGCCUCCGUCAGCGUCUCCUUCCCCUGGGCGGCUGGGUCGGCCGCCGCCCUGAGCCUUCCUCAGGGUGAGGUCCCGGAAGCCGGCCCGGGAAGAGAGGAGGAGAAGGAGGCGGUGGCCCAGGGAGCUGCCCUCCGGCAGCCAUCGCUCUCAGCCUGAUAUGUGUACUGGAGAUGCAGAAAGCAUGUAGCAGGAAGCUUUGAGCAGUUGUGGAUUAUCAGUUUCUCCCAACAGCAAUAAAAAUUGAAGAAUGAAGGUGACUGGAUUUAUUUCCUUAUGGACGUUGGUUUUAUUGCCUUGUGUCCAGCUAGCAAAUCCUGCAGAGCAUGAAGAUGUAGUAAAGCAUGCAAUAAAACUGCACCGUGGGAAAGGAGCUGUUAUCGCUCAGAGAAAGCAGUGGGUGUUGGAGAGCUGCAGAAAGCUGUCUGGUCUUCUUCGCCAAAAGAACGUUGUUCUUAACAAACUCAAAAAUGCCAUAAGAGCGGUUGAGAAGGAUGCUGGACUAUCAGAUGAAGAGAAACUUUUUCAGGUUCAUACCUUUGAAAUCUUCCAAAAGGAGCUAAAUGAAAGUGAAAACUCAGUCUUUCAAGCAAUCCAUGGUCUCCAGAGAGCUCUACAGGGUGAUUACAAAGAUGUUGUAAAUAUGAAAGAAAGCAGUAGACAGAGACUGGAAGCCUUGAGAGAAGCUGCAAUUAAGGAGGAAAUGGAAUACGUCGAGCUCUUAGCGGCAGAAAAACAUCAGGUUGAAGCCCUUAAGAACAUACAACAUCAAAACAAAAGCCUGUCAAUGCUUGAUGAAAUUCUAGAAGAUGUCAGGAAGGCAGCUGAUAGAUUGGAAGAAGAGAUAGAAGAGCAUGCCUUUGACGACAACAAAUCUGUAAGAGGUGUAAACUUUGAAGCAGUUUUAAGGGUGGAAGAAGAUGAAGCCAACUCCAAAAGCAAUACUUCAAAAAGAGAAGUAGAGGAUGAUUUAGGGCUUAGCAUGCUUAUUGAUUCCCAGAACAAUCAGUAUAUUCUUACCAAGCCCAGAGAUUCAACCAUUCCUCGUGCUGAUCAUCAUUUCAUAAAGGAUAUUGUGACAAUAGGAAUGUUGUCUUUGCCAUGUGGCUGGCUGUGCACAACAAUAGGACUGCCAACCAUGUUUGGGUAUAUCAUCUGUGGAGUACUCCUGGGACCAUCAGGACUAAAUAGUAUAAAGUCUAUUGUACAGGUGGAGACAUUAGGAGAGUUCGGUGUAUUCUUCACUCUCUUUCUAGUUGGUCUGGAGUUUUCUCCUGAAAGAUUAAGAAAGGUAUGGAAAAUAUCUUUGCAAGGACCCUGCUAUAUGACGGUUUUGAUGAUUGCCUUUGGUCUGCUAUGGGGACAUCUGCUCCAAAUUAGACCAACACAAAGUGUCUUCAUUUCCACUUGUUUAUCUUUAUCAAGCACUCCAUUGGUGUCAAGAUUUCUUGCAGGUAGUGUUCGAGGUGAUAAAGAAGGGGAUAUUGACUACAGCAGCGUACUACUUGGAAUGUUGGUGAUGCAGGAUGUGCAGCUUGGUUUAUUUAUAGCUGUCAUGCCUACACUUAUUCAAGUAGGAGUGAGCACAUAUUCCAGCAUUUUCAAGGAAGUACUGAGAAUACUGAUACUGAUUGGCCAAAUUCUCUUUUCUCUGGCUGCUGUUUUUCUUAUAUGUCUUGUUAUAAAGACUUACCUCAUAGGACCAUAUUAUCGCAAGUUGCAUGCAGAAAGCAAAGGGAAUAAAGAAAUCCUCAUCCUAGGAAUAACUGCAUUCAUCUUCCUUAUGUUAACGAUCACAGAGCUGUUGGAUGUUUCAAUGGAGCUGGGAUGCUUCUUAGCAGGAGCUCUGAUCUCUUCUCAGGGUCACAUGGUUACUGAGGAGAUUAUGUCCUGUAUUGAACCAAUACGUGACUUUCUUGCCAUCAUUUUCUUUGCAUCCAUAGGACUUCAUGUUUUCCCCACAUUUGUAAUAUAUGAACUUACAGUCUUACUAUUCCUUACACUGUCUGUGGUCAUAAUGAAGUUUGUCUUGGCAGUGCUUGUCCUUUCUCUGAUUCUUCCAAAGACCAGCCAGUAUAUCAAGUGGAUUGUCUCAGCAGGACUGGCACAAGUCAGUGAAUUCUCUUUUGUUCUGGGAAGCAGAGCACGUAGAGCAGGGAUCAUAUCUCGGGAGGUCUAUCUUCUCAUUCUGAGUGUGACUACUCUGAGCCUUCUACUUGCUCCUGCCCUGUGGAGAGCUGCCAUUAUGAAAUGUGUUCCAAGACCUGAAAGACGCUCAAGUACUUGAUUAAGAUUUGCACAUAUACAAGUAUCCAUCUUCUUGCAAGAAACAUCUUCGUUGCUCAUUGUAUUUCUAUGCACUCAGAAGAUGAGAGGUUUUGAGUAUUCGGUCCUCUUAAUGUGCACUUGGUUAUAAGCCUUAUACAGACAUAAAUACAAAACAAGAUUCAGUAUUUAAAGUAUAGUUAUGUAAUUUGAAUUGCACAACUUGUACAAAAUUUGCUUUCUCUCUGACAGAUUAGAAUCUGCCAGAAAAUUUGUUCCUGAUCCAAUCACUUAUUCAGAGCAUAAAUUAUUUUUUUAAAAUAUGGCAUCAUGCAAACUCUGUUAUCUUUUGCCUGAAUGUGCCUUUUAAUUUUCAUCCUGUUACUGCUGGUUCAUCACCAGAUUUUGUUUAAAAAGAUAUAGAUAUAUAUUAUGGUGCCUAUGGUAUCUUCUUUCACUAAAUGACUUGAGUCAUUUUCACAUCUAGGAGUUUAAUAUACUAGUAGGAAAUUUAAUUUCAAAACAUUUCUGACGGUGAGUAAAAGCAUAGUCCUUUACACCAAUAAAAGGUUUAACUGUUUAGCAUCAAACUGUUUUAAGCAGUCAGAUUCAUACUGCAAAUGAUACAGCCAAUGUUGUAUGGUAUUUUACUCCAAAUCACAGCACACAGUGUAUUUUCUUACAGUGGCAACUUUUCUUUGUGCUAAUUCUUGUAUUUAUUUACAUAUCUGAUUAAAAGUUGACAGUAAAAAGGGGCAUCGCUUAAGUUAUACUGGAAGACUGACACUUGUCACCAGUUUUUGUUGCUAACUGCUGCUACAGCAGUUGUUUACAGAUUGAUUUAUUUUGAAUCAAAAAUAAAUGUACUAAAACUGGGAAGUCUGAUUUCAAGUAGAUGUGGAAAAACUUCAGUUCUGUAACUCUGGAGGUUGGAUAUUUGACACUUUACUAGAUUUGGAGUUACUUUAGGAAAAUUAAUUUUCACAAAACUAAAAAUGGCAGACUGGACGUACAUUUGUAACUCCAUGACUUGGUAGGUCACAUUUAUGUGGACUAAACUGUUACUCUCUCUAAAAUAUCAUGGUAUUUUAAAAUACAGUGUUUGGAAUGUGAUCUGAAAUACAUGUGUGGUGUUCUUUAAAAUGUUACGCAUAGCUGGAUAAGACUUGUAAAAGCCCAUUCUCUGUCAUAGAAAAAGCUCACUCAUAGACUGUAGUCUGCUCUAACAAUUUAAAAACCAUCUUGAGGUUUAUCUGCUAAAGUCAAUACUAUUAAAGAUGUAUUAACACUGUAGGUCAGUGUUACAGUGUCAUCUGAAAGAUCUUUAAUACCCCAAAAAUGUUUAGAAAAAUGCAUGUUACAUGGGUUUAAAUAGCCAAUUAAAAUGAAAGCUGUCCUCCAAGUAGCAAAAUGGAGCUUCGGAUGGAUUUGUGUGCUUUAAUACCUCCCUCGUCUACCAUAGUAGCCUCAGUUUUCUCAGUAGCCCUGUGUUUUCUCUGACAUCUGCUGGGCUUGGCAAAGUGCAGCUUGGACUAGUCUGGAGUGUCUAUAUACUGUUAGGGCAGGGUAGAGCUCAUCAUAUUUGAGCUCUUUCUUGCUGGACUUGGGGCUUUCUUCCAGGCACUGAUGCUUCAUAAAGGCUGCAAAAUGUAUUGCAAUUCCACUUCUCCUCCAAUGGUUUCAAAAGUAACCAAGGAACAGUGACAAAUGUAGAGGAAAAAGCUGCCCUAUAAAUAAACAGGGUGGCGUUUUUUAUAAAAGGAAUCUGUAAUAGAAAAGAAACUUGAAAUGGAUUUGUUGUUUUUUGUAUUCAAAAUACAGAAGUAAUUUAAAAGUUUUAUGGUACCAUUUACAAAUCUACCAGCUCAGACCUUUUACUCUUUUUCAGGUGCCUCACUAAAAUGUGUUUCUUAACUGUACUAGGGAAAGAUACGUUACUCUAUCCACUGACCUAGCUCAUAGCAUCUUGAAAUACAAGCUUCCCUUCUGAAUCCUUCAUUUUGGUUUUGAAAGAUGUUUUCAUAUGUAGUUUGCCAUCUAUGUUUCAGGGAGGAAGAAAAGUGUCUGUGACAGACCAUGGUAGAGAUCUCUGUAUGGUUUCCAUUAUGUCCCAGCCCUUGAAACUAUUAUACAAAGUACUACAGCUGUGAUGAGUAAACCUUUUUUUAAAAUAAACUGCUAGUUGUACUUC